AUGGGAGGUGCUAACAUUAGGUCAAUACUUGGGGACUAUGCUGCGGGUGGCCCAGAUGUUUUUGCUAUUUCUCUCACCAUUUGCAGCUCGUCAUUGGUUAAAGAUAAUAUCGAUUUCUGGUUGACUUGCAGCUGGGCGUUCAUGGGUGCCAUCACUGAUGCUUUAGCAGGUAGAGCUUCUGAUAGCGGCAUCCUCCGUGGAGCUGGACUGGGUGCUCUUGCUGGGGCUACUCUCUCUGUGGAGGUUUUGGUGGCUUCUUGUGUGUAUUGGUGUCAAGAGCUCUAUGGCUCAAGAAACUCAUCAAUGGCCGAUUUCAUGAAGGAGCUCCUUCGUGGAAGAUUUGCAGAGGAACGUUUUCCACCUGAAGUUGUAACAUUGUAUCACUGGCAGGUGACUGUUUCCGAGUUGCGGCCUGUUGAGGUACUUGAUUCUAACGAUGAAAUAGCAUACAAAGGGUUGUCAAAGCAUUCAGUGAGAUGCUUGCGAUGCCAUGAGAUUACAAAUGAAACCAAACCAACUCAAACCAUUUGUUGCACAAUAUGUUUGCAGGUUCCAUUUCUCCUGAAGAUCAUUUGAUUUUUAGUUUUGAGUGAUUUAAAUUUGUAUGGAAAAACAUGCAACUCAAAACUCCUAUUAAAUGUAGA